ACAGUUGUGUGAUGACCUUAGUUUGCGGGACUCCACAGAUUUUGAAAGUUUUCUGUUUAAGUCGUUCCCCUAUUUAUGACAUCAGAAGUAGACGUAGAUGAGCUCAUUAGCAGACUUCUGGAAGUACGGUCCUCCAGACCUGGGACAACUGUAAAUAUGAAGGAAGAAGAAGUCCGGUAUUUAUGUGUUACCUCAAGGCAAAUUUUCUUAUCACAACCUAUCCUAUUGGAAUUAAAAGCUCCUUUGAAAAUUUGUGGUGAUAUCCACGGUCAAUAUACAGACUUAUUACGCCUUUUCGAAUACGGUGGUUUUCCUCCAGAAUCUAAUUACUUAUUCCUUGGAGAUUAUGUGGAUAGAGGAAAGCAAAGUUUAGAAACUAUCUGCCUUCUGCUUGCUUAUAAAAUAAAACAUCCAGAAAAUUUUUUCCUUCUACGUGGCAAUCAUGAAUGUGCUGCCAUUAAUCGGAUAUAUGGAUUUUAUGAUGAAUGUAAACGGCGUUUCAGUGUUCGAUUAUGGAAAACUUUUAUAGACUGUUUCAAUUGUCUACCGAUUGCCGCCAUUGUAGAUGCUAAGAUAUUUUGUUGUCAUGGUGGAUUAUCUCCAGACUUGCAAAAUAUGGAUCAAAUACGAAAUAUCUUGAGACCGUCAGAUAUUCCUGAUACAGGACUAUUAUGCGAUAUUUUAUGGUCAGAUCCGGAUAAAGAUGUUAAUGGUUGGGCUGAAAAUGAUCGUGGUGUAAGCUUCACAUUCGGUCCAGAUGUAGUGACGAAAUUUCUUAACAGACAUGAUAUGGAUUUGAUUUGUCGAGCGCAUCAAGUUGUUGAAGAUGGUUUUGAAUUUUUCUGUCGUCGCCAAUUAGUUACUUUAUUUUCUGCACCGAAUUAUUGCGGUGAAUUUGACAAUGCCGGUGGUAUGAUGUCUGUCAAUGAGCAUUUAACUUGUUCAUUUCAGAUACUUAAACCGUCUGAGAAGAAAGCGAAAUAUCAAUAUCAAGGUGUAAACACUGCUGGCAAUCAAGCUAGACUGCCUGCUCGUAUACCAUGAUCCAUCAGUCAAUCAAGUCAAUCAGUCAGUCAGUCAAUCAAUCACUGUGUGAUCACUCCUCUGUUGAUUGUCAAUACUGAUGAUAAUAAUAACAACACAUUCAUUGUAUAUGUGUGUGCGUGUGUGUAACAGAGCUUCCGUCUGAAGUGUAGAGACAGAGCUAGAGAGAGAGCGUGAGAGAGAGAGUACAACGUAUAGCAAGCGAAUGAUAUUUCUCAUCAUAUCAUUAUCAAUAUACAGUUUCUAAUUUUUAUGCUCAUAUAUACGUAUAUAUAUAUAUAUAUAUAUAUAUAUAUAUAUAUAUAUAUAAAACUGUUGUUCUUUAAUUUUGUUUUACACAAACUGUUUUAUUAGUUGUUAAUUAACAUUGAUAAUCAAAAGCACAGAAACUUAUUUAUUUAACACUGGUUUGUGUGUGUGUGUGUGCGUAUGUGGCACAGGCACUUAUACAUAGCAUAGAUCGUCAUUGCCAAUACAAAUAAUAAUUCACUUCAAUACUUACAGUUUUAUUCAAAAAAUAUGUUCCCUUUUUUGUUUACUACUGGUCCCUCAAUGAAUGGGGCCAUUCAUCCUGCUCAACUAACUAACUAAUUGACUAACUAACAAAUUCUAUCCCCUUUAUUCUUUUUUCCCAUGUGUGUCCUGUAUGUAAAUCCAUAUUCAUUCAUUCAUUCAAACUGCUGUCCCGCCGUGUUGUUUUAUUCAAUGAGGCGAUGAUGUUGUAAUCAUUCAGAAUUGAGUUUUUUGUCUUUUUCUUAUUUGUUCAUAAGCCUUAUUAAAAAAAAAAGCGAAGAAUUUCUGCCUGCCGGUUAAAUCAGUUUUUCUUACUAAUUUGAUUGAUUGACUGUGAAAAGACGCACACAUGCACACACAUGCACAUAUACACACACAUGUUGUUGUCCAUUGAAUAAUUUACUUGUGCAGCAGUGUGAUAAACCAACAAAUAAACAAACACAUACCGGACCCCACUUUUCUAUUUGUGGCAAUCCACCAUUCAUCCUUGAUGAUAUGCUUUUUAUUUGAACAUUUUAUCAAUGGUGAUGAUGAUGUUGAUGUUGAUGAGAUUGUGCGAGUCAAUACUGUGAAGCCAGCAAAAACGGAUAAAUUUGUUGAAAAUUACAUAGGUUUUAAUUUGACCAUUAUCAUUCUUAAAGAGUAACACUAUUUAUUAUGGGUCUACACUUUGUGCUGUACUGUGCUGUGCUGUGUUAUAUUAUGUUAUAAUACUAUUUAUUAUUAUUAUUACUAUUUUUUGAACAAAAACACACUUUCUGUGGCAUUUCUCCCUCCGUUCACAUCAUAGAUUAAAUAUAAACGAAUUAUUUGUUUCGAAUACGUACCUGACAUUUUUUCCUCUACUACUACUACUACUACUAC